AUGUCAAGGAGGCAAACAACUCCAUCGCAGCGCUUAGCAGGCAGUGGUCCAUUUGGGGGUAUUUUUCAUCCCAAAUCACGCGUUUCUCCUUUGUUAUCUGUUGUCCUCAUCAUAGUGGGCGUAGUGCUCUUAAUAGGCCUUUUUCGCGGAGGCUCAGGUAUAUUUGCAGGCAACAAAGAAGCAAUUAGUAAGGUUGAAGGUGACUAUUCUUGUACAUUAGAAGUUCACAUGGGCUUGAGAAAUCGGAGCUUCCAUUUUUUUUUGUGGGCUCUGAGAAAACCCACUUGGGCAAUUGAAGAUCUCGAUUCUGUGCCGAUUGAAUUCACUGAUCGGACAUUGGAGAGAGGGAGAGUGAGCUUCGGACGGGCACCGCAGAGAGAGAUUCUGGAACACCCAUCAAUCGGAGGGUCUCUGUUUCACGCAGGUUGGGGAUCGGUGAUUGAAACACUGCAAUUUGGACACUCGAUGGUGGUUCUUCCAUUGAUAAUCGAUCAGGGUUUGAAUGCGAGGUUGAUGGUUGAAAAGGGUUUGGCGAUUGAAGCGGAGAGAAGUGAAGAUGGGUCGUUUAGCAGAGACGACAUAGCUAAGGCUCUGAAACUAGCUAUGGUGUCCAAGGAAGGAGAUGAAAUGAGAGCUCGGUUGAGAGAAGCUGCGAAGAUGGCUGGACAUCAGAAACUGCAUGAUGGUUAG